AUGAAGUUAUGGAAGUGUGUUUCCAUCAUCUUGAUGCUCUGUGGUGCUGCACUCUCCAUCUUCCUUUCUAAAGUCCUGAUUUCCCCAAAAGCACAUGUAAGUUCACACCUGGGACUUUUAUCCUCAUCAUCAUCAUCAUCAGAAUCUUCACCAGCACCCGCGUCAUUGACGUCUACAAACAGCUCCUCCUCUUCGAUUGGUGAAAGGCUUCGGAGAGUCAGAUCAGCGAACGGUGACAGCUCGGUCGCUUCUGAAUUCAUGCACAUAUUCCAGAGCUUCACGGAAGGUGAGCUGAAGCAGGUCAUUGAUGCUCUGGUGCGACGGAAAGCUCAAAGAAACUCCAAACAAAGCAAAAGGACUAAACGGGCCAAGAAGGGCAGCAAGCCGUGCUCUUUACACGACGUGGAAGUGACGGUAAGCCAGCUCGGCCUUGGCUACGUCAGUGACGAGACUGUUCUCUUCCGGUACUGCAGCGGCAAAUGCGUGGCCAGCCGCAGCAACUACGACUUGGCGCUGAGGUUCCUCAAGCGCAAUCAUUUGUUGACUCGGGGGAGCGGAGACCGGGCUCGGCAUGUCCCGUGCUGCCGACCCACGGCCUUCGAGCCGGACAUCGCCUUUCUAGACAAUCGCAACGGUUACAACACCAUCCAUGAGAUUUUUGCGCAGGAGUGUGGCUGUGUAUGA